AUGAAUAAUUUUAGUAAACCGUUCAAUAUUAAACAUAAGAAUGAAAUAAGUGAGUGUAAAAAGGGAAAUAUAUCAGAAGUUGUUCCUAAAUACACAUUAUUAAAUAAUGCGUCUAAAUUAUCAAAGGAAUAUAGUACUUUAAAUAUUGUAGCAAAUAAUAAAAUUGAUAUAGACGAAAUGUCGCUAAGAAAAUUCAAAGGAGAUGAACAUAUGCUAUUAUCAAAGAAUGUGAAUUACUUAGUUGGUACUACUACUGAAUGCGCUUCGACGAUAAAUACUCAAAAAACUAAUUUGGUUAAUGUGUCAGUAAAAAAUGAUUCCUAUAGGAAAAACGUAGGGAACUAUAACAAUGUGAAUUUUUUAUAUAAUCCAGGUAAUUUGAAUAAUCAGAAGAGUUUGUACAAUCGUCAUAAUAUGCAAAACGUCAACAUGAAGCAUAACUCUAAGAACUAUAUAUAUUCUAGAGAAAAAGAAAAUCCAAAUAAUUCUUCUGAAAAUGAAAAAAGUGACUUCGAGCAUAAGUACUUUAAUACUUCUAUAGAUUAUUUAUCUAAAGUUGAUGAUAAUCUAAAUAAAAAAUUUGAGAAAAAGAAAUAUUUAUAUUUUGAUAGUAACAUUCGAAAUCGUGAUAAAGUAAAUAAAUUAACGCUUGAAACACAUAUUGAUAAUGAGAAAGAAUAUAAUAAUAUAAAGAAAUAUGUAGAUUACCGUCCCAUUUAUAAAAGCGCGAAAAAUGAUAAUUUACAUAAUUACAACUUAUUACAAAAAACGAAAGUUGGAAGAUCACUAAGUCACAUCAAUAAUAAUAAUAAUAAUAAUGAAAGUAAAAAAGAAUAUUCAGAAAUGGAAAUGAGUAUAAAUAAAUUGAUACAUAAAGGUGGAAUAAAUAAAACAGAUGGAAUUUCAUUAGAAGGGCUACAAAAAAGUUAUAAAACUAUGCAAUUUGAUGAUCAUAAUGACAUUAAAAAUAAAAAUACAAAUAGAAUAAAACAGUGGAAUAGUUAUGUUCGAAAUAAUUUAACAGACAUGAAACAAUGGGACCAGAAAUAUAAUCAUUUACCAAAAAAUAUGAAUAAGACUCCUAUUAAUGAUGAUGAAAAUAUUCUAAUUAGAACUAUUUCAUAUAAUAACAUGAAUGAUAAAAGUGUAAGCAAUUUAAAUAUGAUGAAAAAUGUAUAUAGUUCUUCCAUUUUUUUUUUUAAUGAAAAUAAUAAGGAAGAAGGGAAAAACAUAAAGACAAACUCAUCAAAAAAUAUUGUUGAAGAAUCACAAUUACUUCGAAAAGAAAUAAAAAAUCACGACAUAAUGAACAACACAAGCACAAGCAAAUACUGCAACAUAAUAUUGAAAUCUAAUAUAAAAUCAAGUGGACUAUAUGAAAAAAAAGCAAUGAAUGUUAAUAAAAAUGAAUACCCUAAUAAUAAAUGUGAUAACCCAUAUUUGAUAAAUAAUAGCAAAUUUUGUAUAAAUACUGUUGAAAAUAAUAAGUCAAAUAGCGGUUGUACUAGCAACUUAUGCAUGAAUGAUAACAGACAAAGAUACUUCAGAAAUAACUUCAGUGGAAAUACUAACAAGUGUAAUAUUAGCUGUAAUAAUUACAAAUUGUUAUAUAAUGAAUCAAAAAAAGAAGAAAAUUUACUCUGUGAUAUUUUAAAAAAUUCAAACGUUAGUGGUCAAAAUAGUUUACAUGAAACUCUAAAUAUGGUAGAAUUAAGUAGUAAUUGUAUUAACAACAAUACUAUAAAAAUAUUAGAUAAAGAAAAAGCUUCUAAUAAAAAAAAUAAUACGUCUCUUUUUUAUGUUCCAAAUAAAGGAUGUGAAGAAGAACAAAAUAGAAAAGGAGAGUGGAAAAAAAGUAAGAAAAAUUCGAACUGCCUAAUUAGAGAUAUGGAACAUAAGUAUAAUGGAAAAACAAAUGUUAAUAUAGGUCAUGACGAUUUUUUAUUAAAUGGGAGAUUAAAAAAAAACAGUAACGUUUUUAUAAAUCAAAAUAGAUGUUACCUUAAAAAUAAAGGAGAUGAAAAUUAUUACAGCUUAAUGAGAAAUUACAACGAAUAUUUUAGAAAAGAUGACUUUAAUAGAAAUUACAUAUUAAAAAAACAAUGUUCCCAAAAUUUACACAAAAGUUGUAAUAUUACUUCAAACGAUACUAACAACGUGAAAAAUGAUAAUAUUUACAACCAUAGCUAUAAUAAUUUUGAAUUAAUUAAAGAUGGAUAUAGUGUUCGUAGACAUAGUAAUAUAGGUAAAAAUAACGAGGUUGUUAUUUUGAAAAAUGCAGAAAACCGGAAUAAUGAUUUCACAGUUAAUAUGAAGAAUGAUAACGUUUAUUGCACAUCGGGUAGUUUAAGCAAUAAGAACUAUAAGGAAGGCAAUAACUACGUUGAAAAAAGUGAAAUAGUGGAAGAGCACAGUAAUAAUAUAGAGAAUGGUACUAAUAAAAAAAUAAAUUAUUGUGUAGAUAAAUAUACAGAUAUAGGAAAUAUGGAAAAUAGAAUAAAUAACAGUUAUAGUGAACAGAAAAAUUAUUUAAAUAUUCACAACUACAUAAUUAGCAAUAAUGAAAUGGAUGAAAAAAAUGAGAAAAAGUCAACUGCAUACUAUAUGCAAAAUUAUAAAAAUUAUACAAAAAAUCACAAUCGAAAUAAGAUGCGCAACGUAAGAGUUCUUACAAACGUCAUAAGAGGCGCGGCAAAUACUGCUGCUGUAGGUUCUACUUAUAAUCGAAGUAGUAGUAGUAAUCAUAAUAAAAUUGGUUAUGAGGGAGGUACAGUAAUACAAUUAUCCUCUAUGAAUUCAAAUCAAAAACGAAACAUAAAUCAGUCAGAUCAUAUUAACACUAAAAUUAUCUUAUCUAAUCGCAACAAAACACAAUUUAAAGAUCCUUCUGAACAUUAUUAUACAAGAAAUUCUAAUAUAUUGAAAACAAUAGCGGAUGACAGAAGUAACACCCUAGUUUUAGCUAGUAAUAAUAGUAUAAAAUAUAAGAAUAGUAAUAGCGUCUUUAAUAAAGAAAAUGUAGAUAUUUUCUAUAAUUAUGAUGAAAAUGGUAGAGGAUUUAUAAGAGGAUUAGAAGGAGAAAAUUAUUAUAAUAGAACGGAGAAGAAUGUUAAUUCGAAAGAAGAAGUGCAUGUACAACUAGUUACAUGUAAUAAUCCAUACAUGUUGGACAAUAACAUAAACAUACAUAAAAGUAAAAAUCAAAAGAAUCAAGACGAACAAAAAGAAAAAAAAGAAAAGGAAGAAAAAGAAGAAACAAUAAAUAAAAAAGUAGAUGAAGAAGAGAAAUGGAAAGUAGAAAUGAAGGAAAAUAUUUUUCUAAAAGAACCAAUGAAUGGUUGUAAAAAUAGAGAAGCUGUGAAAUACUGUAAUAUGAUCAAGAGAGAAAAGGAAAGUAAAAGUAGUAAUGAUACAAUAAUAGAAGUAAAUAAUGUAAGUAACGAAAAAAAUGAUAGUGAAAAAAAGAAUACAUUCGAAGAGAAUUACAAAAAAAAAAGGGAAGAUAUUAUAUUGAAAGGCGGUGAUAGCGGCAUGGUGGUUAAAGCAGAGAAUGAAAAGGAAAUUGAAGGAAUUAAUGAAUCUAAUAUCAUAAAUGAAAAACAAUCGAGUGAAUCUUUCUAUAAGUAUAAUGAAAACAUAAAUGAUAUAAAAAGAAUAAAAAACAGUUCUUGUAAAAAUAAUGUAGAGAAUAAUGAAAAAAGUAGGGUAUUAAUAUCUAUUUCAAAUGAUAUUUUAAAAGAACCGAAAAAGGGGAGCACAACUAUAGAAAAUAACAAUAAUAAUAAGAAUGAUGACAGUGCUAUCAUUUUAGAAGUAAAUAAUUACACAUAUAAUGAAUACCACAGAAGAGUUAAUUUAUACAAUUUAGAAUACGAUAAAAAAAAUGAAAACAAAUAUAUUAUGAGUAAAAAUAUAUGUAACUUAGGGUAUAACGAAAAAAAGAAGAGUAUUAAGGAACAAUUAACAGAUUCAUAUUCUUAUCAUUUAAAUAAUAUGAACAAAAAUACAAAACUGAAAAACAAAAAGAGAAUAUUGGGUAUUAAUAAAAAUUCUUAUAAAACAGGUGAGAAGCACACAUUAAGCUCAAGUAACAUUGAAAAGGAAGAUGUAAAGAAAAAAUAUACAGUUGAAAAUAUUACAGACAUGGACAUAAAAAAAGAAAAGGAAGGAAAAUAUGAAAGUAAUGAAAAGAUUGGAGAAGAAAAUAAUGUAAAUGAAGGAAAAAAAGAAGAUAUAAAUUUUAUAGGUUCAAAUGGAGAGUGCAGAUAUCCAAUUAGCAAUGAAUUAUCUAGGUAUAAAAUGAAUAUUACAAAAAAAAAAUACGAAUGUGAUGUAGCUGUAAAAGACAAUACAUAUCUUGAAGAAGAAAAUAUUCAUGAUAAGGAAAAUCAAAUUUUUAAUGAAUUAAAUGACGUAAGUAAUGAAAAGAUAAGUUUCUUUGAUACAUGUGAGUUAAAAAAUAGAGAAAUGGAUAAUUCCUGUGCUUAUAAGAAUGAUAGAGAAAAGUGCAAUUUUUUAAUAGGACAUAGAUUAAGCAAUGCACAAGAAUUAUUUUCUAACAAUUCGAUUAAUGAUAGGAGUAAAAAGGAUAAUAAUGCUAUCAAAAUAGAGAAUAAUUUUUGUGAUACUAAAAAAUGGGUUGGUAACUACACAACAGAUGUAAAUAAUGAAAGAAAUAAUAGCAGUAAUAACGAUAGUUGUGAAAGUAGGUUGAGAGAUAAAAACGAGAUAGUUAUAACAAAUAAAUACAAUAAUGCAUCGGCAGGACUCGAUUUUAAAAAAGAAAGCAAAAAAGGGAAAAAAGUAGUUCUUCCUUGGAACAAAGACAAUAUAGUUAAGUUAAACGGAAAAAAUAAAUCCAUGAAAAAAAAAAAUAUAACAAUAAAUACGAAAUUAGCUAGGUAUGAAAGAGUACUAAUACAUACAUGUAUUAAUAAAUUGAAUUGGAAAAAAUGCAUUGAGAAUAUAAAUAAAGGGACAUUUUAUUGGAUAGGAUAUAACAUUAACGAUUAUGAUCAUUAUAAUUAUAUGAAAAAGAAAAAAAUAAUUAAUAGAAUUCCGUCUAUGUACAUGUAUACAAAAAAAAAGGCACUUACAUUUUUACUUUCUCAUUUGUCACUUAUUUUUCCUGCGUUAUAUGAUUUUUAUCCAAAUACAUUUGUACUACCUGAAAAUAAAAAUAUCAUAAAAUAUAUUUUAAAUAGCGACAAUAAGGAAUAUUAUAUAAUGAAACCUGAUUGUGGUAGUAUGGGUAUUGGUGUUAAGGUAAUUAAUAAGUACAGUGAUAUUAAUAUUAAUAUAUUAAAUGGAUAUAAUUGUUAUAUAAUUCAAAAAUAUAUUGAUAAUCCUUUAUUGAUGUAUAAAAAGAAAUUCGAUUUUCGAAUAUAUAUAUUGUUAUUACCAGGAAAAAAUUAUCCUAAAAUAUACUUAUCGAAAGUUGGGUUUGCAAGGUUGUGUACAGAAGAAUAUAAAAAAAAGAAAAGAUAUAUUUGUAAUACGUAUAUACAUUUAACUAAUUACAGCAUUAAUAAAGACAAUGAAAAAUAUAUAAGAAAGAAGAAUAUACAUGAUAAAAAUAAUAAUAAACAAUUAUUAAGUGAUGUUUUUAUUUAUUUAAAAAACAUUGGUUAUGAUAUAGAUGAUAUAUGGGGACAGAUAAAAAAAAUAACUUGUUUAACAUCUUUAGCAAUAUAUUCUUAUAUUAAGGGAAAGAUACAAUAUAAUUUUAAUAAUAAUUUUUAUUUUUAUCAAUUAAUUGGAUUAGAUAUAUUGUUAGAUAAUACUGGAAAAGCAUGGUUGCUCGAAGUUAAUUCAAACCCUUCUUUAAGAAUAGAUUAUAUAGACCCAAGUUAUACUAAUUUUGAGAUCCAAUUAGAAAGUAUGUUUGAUAGAUAUGUAAAGGAGCCAGUAAUAAGUGAAAUGUUCUUAAUAGUUUAUCAAAAAAUUUAUAAAAAAUAUUUGAGAAAAAAGAGUAAAAAGGUUGUCAUAAGUGUUAAUGAUAAAAUUGAAAAUAAGGAAAAACAUAAUAUUAUUUGUACAAUUAAUAAUAAAAGAAGAUUGCUAAAAAUAAAAUUGAAGGACGGUUUUUCGAAUAAUAGUUUUAUUCAUUUAAAUAAUAGUAGAAAUACAAAAGGUUUAGCGGAAAAUAAAAAACCUCAUGAUAAAAAUAGUAAUAAUAAUAAUAAUAAUAAUAAUAAUAAUAAUAAUAAUAAGAGCAUCGGAAGUAACUGUUUGAAUAAAGAGGAUCCUCAAUAUUUCAUGGACUACAAUAAUAAAAUAAAUAAAACGAAUUCUUACAUGUUAAAUAAUGGUAUAAAAAAAAAUCAUAUAUUUAGAACUGCAGGAAAAAAUUACAUAAAAAACGAAUAUUCUGCCACUAUUCCUAAUAAGAAUGGAUAUGAUUCGACAAAUAAUUGCAGUAGUUAUGGUUUAAAAAAUAGUAACUUAAGUAAUACUCAUUUUAAAAAUUUGAUGAGAAAAAAAAUUAAAAUGAGAAAGAAUUUAUUCCUCAAAAAGGAAAAUAUGAGUAAUGUUGAUACCUGUGUUGAUGAAAAUGAUAUUGGAAGUUUCAGCUUGUCCAAUAACAUUGUCCAAAAUGAAAAAGAAAAUUUGCUAUGCAGUGUCAAAAAAGGAAAGAACGAAGGGAAUGAAACCAACGAAUCAAGGGAAAUAAACAAAUCGAGGACAGUAAACGAAAUGAACAAAUUAAACGAAUGGAAUGAAGAAAAUACAAUGAAUAAUAACUUCCCCACCAAAUUAUGCUAUAAAGAUGGUAUCUCUAGUUAUAUAAAUAAUAAAAUUGGGAAUAAUUUUUGCAGGAAUCACGGAAAUGAAGAAUGCAAAGGAAAGCAUGAUAUAGAUACUAAUAAAAAAUUCUCAAAAGAUAAUAACGCUAAAUAUGAAGGUAUAAAUAGUUUUUUUGAAAUUGGCGAAAGCUCGUGUAUCAACAUGUAUAUUGACGAUUACGAUAAUGUUGAAGAAAAUUGUGAAUAUAAAAAAUCAAUAGUACACAAGACACGAGAAGCAAAUGAUAACAGUGAUUACCUAUACGACAGCUACAACAGUAACAGAACCAUGAAUCACAUGGGAAGCAAUUUUAUAAACAAAUUUGAUAUUAAAGAUGACAUUGAGUUAGCGAAUAUGGAUAAAAGUGAACCACAAAAUUAUAAUACCAAUAUAAACGAGUGCAAUUCGUAUAAGGAAGGCGACAACGAAAGGUUUAAUUAUGAGAACUUGUUUAGUAAUGAAGAUACAAUAAUGGAAUCAAAUAUUUUAAAUAAAGAAACAUAUGUGCAAAUUGAUAAUCAAGAUGAUAUUCAUUUGGAAAAAUUCUUAAAUAAUGAUGUAGAAGCGUGUAAAGAGAUUUAUAGAAAUAUUAGUGAUAGUGUUUAUAAAAAGAAAGUUGAAAAUUUCAUUAUGAUAAGAAGUGAUUUAUACAAAUAUAUGAACUGCUUAAACGUUCUUGGUAUUAGAUAUAUUAAUAAUAAUGACAUAAAAAAUGUUGAUGAACUGUACAAUAAAAAUAUUUCCUUUGAUUUAAAAAAGACCUACACGAAAAUAAGAAAAGAUAUUUUACACCCAUUAAAAAAUAAUGUGUUAGAAAAAGAUGUGUAUAUAAAUUUAAAAAAAGAAACAAACAAAUAUUAUAAUGAAAUGAAAAUAUACAACGAAUGUUACUUUUUGUUUUAUUUUAUUUUAAACAAAUAUGAUAAUAAUUUAAAGAAAAAUAACAGAAAGGUUGAAUAUUAUAUUGACAAGAACACAUUCUUAUGUAUGUGUGCAGAUAUUAAAAUAAAUAAAAUAAUUGAAAACAUAAACAUUUCUACGAAGAGUAACAACAGUUUAUUUGAAAUAAAUAAAAAUCCUCAAGAAAAUCAAAUGUAUCAAAUUGUUAGAGAUAUAUUAAAUAAUAAGAACUCUAAUAGUUGCCCACAUGGAAAGGGAAAAAAAAGACAUAAGAAUAAUGGAAACUAUUCAAAUAAUUCAAGUUUUUGGAAAACAAGUGAUUUAUCAAAUGAUAAUUCAUCUGAAGAUAAUAUUCUUAAAUGCAAAAAUAAAGGGGAAAAAAUAAAUAGAUCUUCUUCAUUACGUUUUAAAAAAAAUCAUUUAGAAAAAGAUGAAAUAUUGUCAAAAAAUUAUAAAUUAAUGAAUUAUAAGAAAAACAAUUUUUCAUUAAAUAAAAGCAGAACAAAUAAUAAAUCUUAUUACUCAUCUAUGUUUAGCCCAUUUACCUUGGUUCCGACUUCGAAUAAUUUGAUGAAUUUUAAUACAAUAGGAAUUAACAGUAUGAACAGUAGGAUUAAAAGGAAAAAGAAAAUGAACAUUUAUGAUCUAGAAUAUUUAUUUACAAGACAAGUAUUUUUUAGUAAAUAUAUUAACAAAAAUCAAGGUUUAACGAUUAUUGAUUUCUUUUUAUUAAUGCAGCAAGUGGCUCUUUUAAUAUUUCCAUACAUUAACCACUUAAGUGCUUACAAUGUUUUAUACCCUUAUAAUAGCGUAAUAUUUGAAGAGCUAAGCAAUCAAGAAAAUAAUACAUAUACAAAUAAAACUAAUAAUAAGGGAAUUAAUAAUGAAAAGAAAUAUAUCACGAAUAAAAUAAAUAAAGAAAAGGAUGUAGAUAAUAACCUUGGCUUGAAAAAAGAAAAUAAAACUAAUGUGAUUAAUUCAAUAAAAAAAGAUAAUUCAAUUGUUUCUGAGAAAAGAGGAGAGUUGCAAAAUCCUUUGAAUUCAGAAAUUAAUAAUUUAAAUUAUAGCAAUAAUGGGAUUCACAGUGAAUAUUCGAAAAAAAGGAAUAAUUAUUUAUGGCAUAAAAAUAUUUGUAGUAACAUUUAUAACUUGUAUGAAUAUAUUCAAAUAAGUAUUAAUCCUACCGUAAAAAAUAUUUGCUUGGAAACUUUUUUAAAUUUUAUUUUUAAUAAGUAUGGAAUAACUCAUUCUUCUUAG